AUGUUGCUGUCAUUAAAACUCGCCCUAGUACUCUCCGCGAGCCUCUCCGCUGCUCAGACAACGCCCGCCCCUACUGACAUUGUGGGAACGUGGUCGUCGAAGUCGAACUCAACGCUCACUGGACCCGGCUUCUACGACCCAGUCAACGAGAAAUUCACAGAGCCUGCACAUACAGGUAUAUCGUACUCUUUCUCCGCAGACGGCUUCUACGAAGAAGCCUACUACCGCGCAAUCGCGAAUCCAACCAGUCCCAAAUGCCCGAAGGGAAUCAUUCAAUGGCAGCACGGCAGCUACACCAAACAUGACAAUGGGUCUCUCAUCCUCGUCCCAAUAGCAGUUGACGGCCGCCAACUAUAUUCCGACCCAUGCCAGUACAAAAAUGCCGUUUACACACGUUAUAAUACCUCUGAGCUAUUCGAGGUAAACCCCUCCACCACUUCUUCUUGCAAUCGCUACGAAGUCCUUACUGAUCCCUACCACAACAUCUCACGCCUGAAUCUCUAUAAAUGGGACGGCGCACCUAUGAUGCCGCUCUAUCUCGCGAUGUCUCCUCCGCAAAUGCUCCCUACCUCAACACUCAACCCACUCACGACAUCAACACCCGGCGGUGCGAAAGCAACUGGCAAGAUCAAACGAUCCGAACUGCCCCUAAACCACAACGUCAUCAAUAAAAGGACCCCGGAACAAAUGCGCGCAAAUCAGUGGUGGUGGUUCGGCGUUUUCUUAACCGCGAGUGGAAGCAUUUUGUAUUUCUUCUUCUAA